AUGAAUUUGGGAUACUUUGAAUACUCACUCAACAACUUGCAUGCUGGUCUCAAGUAUAUGCGUUGGGCUCUUCAGUAUUGGGAGAUGUUGACUGGAGGUGAUAAACAUCCUGAGGAUGCCUCAGCAGAUGCCAAUAUUGCUACCAUGCUUCAAAAACUCAAGGACUACCCAUUAUCGACUCUAUUCUUUGAAAGAGCAGCAGCAACAAAUGAAGAAUUACUUGGUCGUGAUGCUAUUCUGACAGCAGUAUCAUAUCAGUCAUUGACGAAAUAUCAGUCAUUGACGAAAUCGUAUUUCUUGAUGAGUGACUAUCGCAAAGCAUUAGCUUCUGAACGAGCUGCCUUCAACUUUUACAAGGAGAAGCUUGGUUUGAAUGAUCCUCGAACACAGGAAUCUGCAGCGUUGCUGAGAACCAUUACUGAGAAGGCUGCCAAAAAGGAACAGGAAUCCAAAAAGAGACAAGAAAGGAAACAGAAACUAGUCAAGUCAGUGACGGCAGAAAAUGGAGCCUCACGAGGACAUCUUCCAGUCGACGAAUUGCUAAAAUUCAUUGGCGGGGAGGCUCAGCCUAUAAAGAAAAAGAAGAAGAGUGCCAGCUCUUGA